AUGGGAAGAACGCGCUCCAAUAGAAAACCGUUUCCGCGUCCAACAAUCCGGCUAGGAGCGUUGUCGACUUCAGACGACAGCUCCUAUAGCCCGACUAUCGAGCAAGUCUGGAGUGGAGAGAAGAGACCUGGUCCAAUGUGCGGAACGUUAUUGCUAAAGCGAUUUUUAAAUGCAAGCCAUAAUGACGGGGGAAAGAAGAAAGUGUCUAUGGUCAACCAUGCUACCGUUCUUGUUCGUCAAAGUAGCUCUGUGUACGAAGCGAUGGAUGGCGAUUUGGUAGAACCGCCGGAAAUUGAGCCGAACUCCUAUGGCAUUUAUCCUCAUAAGGAAAAAAAUCUUAUCACAGCAAGGAAUGUUGAUCCGUCAUUCGUUGUGCAAUUUGAUUUCGACCAGCAAGACCAGGUAGAAAUGCAGCCUCUGAGGAUUGCUGUACCGAAUAGAAUUAUUCCAAAGUUGACACAGAAGAAUGCAAAAGUACCACAUGAAUCGAAACAGAAACCAGAAAAUCAGGAACCUAAGCUGAUAGCAAAGAAUCUACCGGUGUCGCUUGCUAGCACCAAAGCCAGCACCAGCUUCGCCAAUUGGUCGAACUCACUAUCUCCUGUCGCCGAAGAAGUUGGAUCCAUAGAUACCCGAGAAGAAUUUGGGACGUUUCCAUUGACAGAAACUAAAACAAUUCAUUCUGACACGUGCAGAGAGCCAAAGGAGGCCAUGUCUCCCCCAUCUGGUACGGCCACUGAAAAAAAGGAAACGAUUCAGGACAUGAAGAAUCUGAUAUUAAAGCAGCAGGUAGCCUUGCGGGAACUUACUGAGCAAAACAUGAUUUUUCGGCUUCGACUUGAAGAAUCCAAUUUUCUCUUGAAUGCAAGUCAUAAGUCACAGUCUUUGCAAAAAUCCGACUUGAAAACGGCGACCGAAAGAAACGUCACUCUAGAAGCUGAAGUCCGAUACUGGAGCGGUCGAUGCAAGAAUGGGAAACAGAAGGGAAUGGAAGGCAACAUUCCAUCAGAGUCUGUAGCGGAAAGAAUCCUUGCCGAAAACUCGUCGGGGCUGCCAUCUCACGACGAUGACCUUGAGGAUGAUCUUGUAGAGGCAAAAUUCCAGCUACUUCUCAACAACGUGUCUUUUAAAGAUACAGAAACAGAUGAUUCUGAAGAUGAAGAUGAAUUCACUCUUCAAGCGUUCCGCACCUUUAAGCAGACUUUAAUGGCAAAUGCUUCGUUCAACUCCACGUUUGACGAGCAGAACGAGGGCGAUGAAGUGAUCAGUCCGCUACUCGAUGUACCUCAUAUUGUCACGGAAGGAGAAAUGACAGACCGCGACGACAUCGAAAAGAAAGGAUGUCCCGGCGAAAUGAGGGAUGAGCCAGACUUUGAAACCUCAUUCGUCUCCCGAUCGUCGGAAGAUGAGCCGUCAUCCUGUGAGUCUGACGCGUCUCCACACAUCGAAAUAGAGAAUUUUCAAACUCGUUUACAGCAUAUCCAAGAACGCCGAAUCACACGGCGAAAAGGAAAACACCGGUCUGGUUCGAAUGUAGCCCAAUUUCACUUGAAAUCACAAACUGGUAAUCUCGCUACAUUGUAG